AUGCUAGCCGUUAAGCAGGCGCGGUCGAAGCGCCCCCUCCCUCUGCUCACGAAUGCUGAGGAGAAGCAGUACACCUGGGCGAUCCGCCGCUCCGACUUCGAGAUCAAAGAGCAGCUCAGCAAGGGCGCGUACGGCGAGGUGUGGGGAGCGAGCUGGCGGCGCAACGACGUCGCCGUCAAACUAAUUGCGCGGGGCAGCGGCGAUUGCGAUGCCAACAAGGGGAAAACCGACUUUGUGCGCGAGAUGCAGCUGCUCUCGGGACUCGGUGGCCACCGGAACGUCGUCCGUUUCCUUGGCGCGUGCCUCGACGCGCAGCGCAUGUUCAUUCUGCUCGAGCUCUGCCCGAGCUCGCUGUCAGACCGGCUCUACAAGGAGGACACGGAUCUCAACGAGCACGAGAUGCUUGUCGUGGCGCUGGGCCUCAACUACCUGCACCACUGCGAGCCUCCCGUGCUGCACCUCGACCUCAAGUCGGCGAACGUGCUGCUCGAUGAGUCAGGCACCGCAAAGGUGUGCUUUGGACCCUUCCACUCGAUGGAGGACGCUGCCAACAGAUUCGACCCGGCCGAGCGCUCGGGCAUCGGCUAUCCGCAGUGCAUUGCUCCGGAGAUCCUUCGCGGUGGCCGGUACGACGUAAAGGCCGACACGUACUCCUUCGGCGUGCUGCUCUUCGAGGUGCUC